UUCCACACCCCAGUUCAAACACUCGUUGCCGUGGGGCCGUAAACUCAAGUUUUUCUUCACUGCCGCGGGUUGAGUUCGUCCCACUGUAUAUAAGGCUGUUCAUCGUCUGUGCCACAACCUCCUAACACAUCCUCCUUCCAUGCCCUUCCGCACGCUCCCUCUCGAUUUCAACACGCAACAACCGCUCACCUUGUGUGUCCAAACUCUCUUAUUUGUUUGUCCCCAACCUCACUUUCCAAAUUAACGUCAGUCAACAUGCCCAACUCAAACGAGGCCAAGGAGGACGUUCAGUACAACGGCGUCGCCAUCCAGCGCACUGUCACCCCUGGCGGCCACCCGCAGGACACCUCGCAGCCGGCAUUCCCGGUGUACCACCGCAAAUUUGCCAACCCGGCACCGCUGGGUCUGUUCAGCUUUGCAGCGACGACAUGGGUGCUGUCCAUGUUCAACGUCUCUGCGCGCGGCAUCACCCACCCAGAGCUGGUCGUUUCGCUCGCAGUCGCGUACGGAGGCACCGCCCAGUUCGUCGCUGGCAUAUGGGAGUUUGCUGCCGGUAACACUUUUGGCGCAACCGCUUUCUGCUCGUACGGCGCCUUCUGGUGGUCGUUCGCCAUCAUCUUCAUUCCGUGGUUCAACAUUCAGGCUAAUGUCAAGGGUGCCGAACUCGAGAGCGCUCUUGGCAUCUACCUCGCUGCAUGGUUCAUCUUCACCUUCAUCAUGCUCAUGGCCUCCUUGCGAUCCUCUAUCGGCCUCAUCGUCCUCUUUUUCCUGCUGGACAUUACAUUCCUUCUCCUCGUCGCCUUCUACUUCUCUGGCAAGGCCCACCUCCAGACUGCAGGCGGCGUCUUUGGUAUCGCCACUGCCGCCGUCGCAUGGUACGUCGGCGCCGCUGGCCUUCUUUCGCCUGAGACGGCGCUCUUCACGCUGCCGGUUGGUGACCUGUCCCGCAAAGAUUAAGC